UACUAUGCGAUUUGUAUGGUCCAUCCACGUCCCACGAUACCAUAUCACAACCUGUGCUUUUAGAAAAUGUUAUUCAGUAACAAAAGUUAAGCAAAAACCAAAAAGUAAUCUUCAAGAGGAAAGAAAGACAAACGAUUCAUCCAGAAGUGAAAUAAAUAGGUUUAAUACACUUGUAUAUCCAAAACUUUCACGGUUGUGCUAAUAAUAUCCAAAUUUCUCGGAAUAUCACUUAUAUCCAUGUUUUAAAGUUGUUCUUUGCCAAAUCUAUCCAUUUUCCAAUAUAUUUUUGGUUAAAUACGCUUCUAUAUCCAAAAACACCGUUAAAGAAUGUGAAGGAAUUGGAUAUAACUGGUAUUUUGGGAAAUUUGGAUAUUAUUGGCACAACCGUGAAAUUUUGGAUAUACAAGUGUAUAUAACCAAAUAAAUAAGAGAGAAACAAGUUGUGGAACUGGAAACAUUUAAAAAAAAAAGCUCCCUUCAAAAUGACGUGAAAGCGACGCCGUUUUACUCCUGAAAAACGCCUGCAAACCGACCGCGAUCGUGGCUUCGGAUUUCUCAUCCCCGCACAGAUCUAUCUAAUCUAUCUCCGCUGCUGCAGAAGGAAUUUUUUUGCAUCAAUUUGCCGGCGAAGUUCUCAGAAGGGAGAAAGAAAGCGGUGAAUCGAGCAACAAUGUCGCACAGCGACACCAUCCCUCUCCACUCUUCCUCGCAGUCGGACAUCGACGAGAUCGAGAAUCUAAUCAACGCCAGCGUCCAGUCCGGACCGGCAACAGUUCAACCCGCCCGCCCACCGAGUCCGCCGCGGAUCCCCGUCUCCUCCUCUCCGUUUCUUCAAUCCAACCUCCCUCCCCCACCGACUACAGCGGCAGCGAAGCUUCCCCCGCUCCCGUCGUCCUCCGCGCCGCCUUCUGUGCUUCCCGCCACUGUCCCCGCGCCCGCGGCCCAGCUACCUCACGGGAGCUCGGCCGGAUCGAACAAUUACGCGGCAUCUGGAUUCGGCCCGGCUCCGAACACGUUGACGGAGCCCGUAUGGGACACGGUGAAGAGAGAUCUGUCGAGGAUCGUGAGCAAUUUGAAGCUGGUGGUGUUUCCGAAUCCGUUUAGGGAGGAUCCGGGGAAGGCGUUGAGGGAUUGGGAUCUUUGGGGCCCGUUCUUCUUCAUCGUGUUCUUGGGGCUCGUCCUCUCUUGGUCCGCCUCUGUGAAGAAGUCUGAGGUUUUUGCUGUUGCAUUUGCUCUACUUGCAGCUGGUGCUGUUAUUUUAACUUUGAAUGUUCUGCUACUGGGUGGGCACAUAAUCUUCUUCCAGAGUCUUAGCCUUCUAGGUUACUGUCUCUUUCCUUUGGAUGUGGGUGCCCUAAUUUGCAUGUUGAAGGACAACGUAAUCCUGAAGAUAGUAGUGGUGUGCGUCACUUUAGCUUGGAGUUCAUGGGCAGCCUACCCCUUCAUGAGCUCAGCAGUGAACCCGAGGCGAAAGGCCCUCGCACUCUAUCCCGUCUUUCUCAUGUACGUAUCUGUCGGGUUUCUCAUCAUCGCCAUUGAUUAAAUGCAUUGGCAGCUCCCCUGCUACGGGACUCGACGUGAAUUGAAAUUCAAAACCCCCACAGUAUAUAGGUUUCCUAUUAGGAUCGUCAUUGGUGCUUUGGUCGACUGAGAAUUACUGCAUCUCUGUUUUGGCUACUCUUUGCUGCCGACGUUAUGAAACUUUGAUGUGGCCAUUUUGUACUUAAAACUUGUUACAUCAUCUUCUUGGGAGCGUUCGAUUUUGAGAGUGAAGCUGGAGUCUAGAGCGUUAUGGUCAGAUCUCGUUGUAGUUUGUUUCCCUUUUCGUAUGCUAGUGCUGAUAAAGGACAUUUCCAAACUGUUUUACUGUAAACCAUCAUGUGAUCCAUAUUCGGUUGAUUUUGAGGUUAGACCUGACUUCUGAGGGAGAUCUUGGUUUGAAAGUGUAUAAGUUUGGAGUCUGGGAUUCAAUUGCUUUCACUUGCUUUUCUUGUGCUGUUGACCUGUUGUCCAGAGGGAUUGGUGGGCUUAUAAAGACUGUGGGAUAAUGGGAUUGCAUUGGCCCAAUACAUUGGGAAAUUGGGGGUGUUUGGGUUGGUGGUUGAGAGUGGCCAAGUGUUUCAGGCUUUCAGCUGGAUGGGAAAGCCUAAGCAUUUGACCUAAUUUGGUGAGCAUUCUAAGUACUUGAAGAAUAAUGACAACAGUGACAUGCGAUGUAGUUGAACCAUAGUUAAAAGGUGAGCGUAGAACCGUAAGUUUAUACUGUAAAAUUGUGUGUAACCUCCCGGUUACAACCAGUCUCUUGUUUACAUAAACUCGAGGCUUCAGAUAACCAUCAUUUUCCGCGUUUCGAAAGUCUCUACUUAAAACAUACUAAUUUAACAAACUCUUAAACUAGAGUGAAUUCUAGCUCAUUACGAGAAAAAGUUAGUAGACAUCAUACGAGCUGAAUAAAUCACAACUGGUUAAAAAGUCGACUCCUUGCCACAUUAGAUGUAGAGAAUCAAUGAAUCAUAGUAGUUUAGUACAAUAAGACAGUCUACACUAGACAACAGACUAGAGAAAGGGGUCUGAGGUUUGCUUUGGAUACACUCAAAAGCCUCAGAUAAUGCAGGUUGCAGCUAAUAAUGCCAAAACCACAUUGCUUGUCAGUGUGGCCAAAGCCCAACCCCAAAAAACCUCAAUCAACCCAUUGGCUGGCUCUGGCGCCAUCUGAAUCCAAAAAAUUGGCCUCUGCAUGCCACUGCGGGUUGAGAAACGUGCACAAAAUAUUUCUAGGGCACUGGUCCUCCAAGAACAGAAGAAAGGGUUCACAGUAACGACAUCCAAAGAGGAUUCCUUUCAUCUUUCGUUAAUGGCCCCAAGAACAAUAUUUCUUGUACAGAACAAUGGCGAUAGAGAUAACUCAUCUUGAGCCCAGCCACUGCCACAGUAGGAUUAUUAUCUUCUUUCUCUCUCUCUCACACACAUUACUAUGUUUUACUCUCUCACCCAUUUUGCGUCCCCGUUAAUUCUCGACAUCGUACCAAAACUAACAUAUAGCGAGAUAUUUCAUGUUCGAGUCGGACCACCAUUGUUAUAUGUACUAUGUUUUCCUAUAUACUACUUUUCUAUAUGGUUGUGAUUUAUCUACUAGUCUUGGUCUAAAUCCUAGUAGACCAAUAUAGCAUUGCAAUAUCGUGUUCAUAGCUUGAUUUUUAUUUUUUUUGGUUAAUCAUUCAUAUGGUUGAAAUUCGAGUCGAAAAAAAAGUACAUGGACGAGAACAGACUCGGGCACAACCAAGUAGAUUUGGGUCAUUUAGAAAAUAAGGGUCCGUACUGUUC